UCGGGCGCGUCCCUACUGGAAGGGUGAGAUACCAGCGCAUGAGGCUCUUCGGCUCUCCACAUCCAGGAGCGUUCGUCACUUUGUGGGUGGUGGCCUGUUUUAAAUUACCGUAAGCGGAUGACGUCUGCGUCUUAGUCGUGCGCCCGCGCGCGUGUGUAUAUACGAUGCUCAGAACAGCGUCAAUUGCGUAUCCUGUAUUUUAAAACGAAAUCGCUGCAGCGGAGCGAUCGUUCAGUUUCUGCGUAAAGGGGGACCAGCUCGGCAGCAUCGAUCUGCCAUCCGUCAUCGCGUGCACAUCUGGCGUCAAGACGACAGCCGACGUCCUCUCGCCUAUUGAACGCCGGGAAGAAAUCCGCGCCCCUUUGUUGCACGUCUCUCCUUGCCUUCUCGUAAAAGACACAGCCGCACAGUCAGGGAGGCUUAAAUAAAUUCAUCCUGCCACUGGUCUUUGUUUUUGGUCGAUGGGAUUCGAGCCUUUGUCCGUUUUUUUUUUGCGGGGGGUCUGUUGCUCGACGGACGUGGAACAAUAGCCACUGCCAUCGGGCAGCACGCUGCACACUCACCGAAGGAGCGCCCUGCCUGGACACUGUAACACGUCGCUUGGCCAAGAGGGCACACAUCGGCGUGAGGACACACAUCGGCGUGAGGACACACAUCGGCGUGAGGACACACAUCGGCGUGAGGACACACAUCGGCGUGAGGACACACAUCGGCGUGAGGACACACAUCGACGUCCACCGUCCUCUGCCCGCGUGCUUUUCUGCUCGGCCAUGGCGGCACUGUCCGUAGCUGCGUGGGUGGUGCUGGCGACGGCGGCGACGCUCGUGAUGUCACACGGGUUCAGCGACAUCGAGGUUCACCCAUCGGCGCAGCACCAGCAGCAGGAAUCUCGGGGGGUGGAGCGCUUCCUCAAGCCGGGCCUGGGCGCCUCGGUGCUGCUGCUGGAGCACGAGCGUGGAGCUCUGUUCGUGGGGGCGCGUGGAGCCGUGCUGCGCCUCACGGCCGCCAACGUCAGCUUGAAUCCUAGCCUCGUGAUCCCUUGGGAGGCGAACGAUGCCUCCAAGCAAGACUGCAGGAGUAAAGGCAGGACGGAGGACGAGUGCCACAACCACGUGCGGGCGCUGCACCUCAACGGCUCGCGCCUGCUGGCCUGCGGCACCGGCGCCUUCAGCCCUUUGUGCGCGCACUUUGACCCGGAGAGCGGCCACGCGUUCGGCAUGGAGAGCGGUAAAGACAAGUGUCCGUACGACCCGGCGCAGGCGUUCUCCUCCGUGCUCGUGGACGAGGACCUCUACUCGGCGACCAUGAGAGAUUUCCUGGGGAGGAACCCAGGCAUCUGCCGCAGCUCAGCUUCGCAAACCCUCGUCCGCACGGAGGACUCAGCCAAGUUCCUCAGGAAUCCCACCUUCGUGGCCUCGGAGGUGGUGGAGCCCGGCGAGGGAGGGGGCGGCCGCCACGUGUACUUCUUCUUCACCGAGACGGCCAUGGAGUACGACUACAUCUUCCAGCCACGGGUGGCGCGCGUCGCUCGCGUCUGCACGGGGGACAGUGGCGGGCAGCGCGUGCUGCAGAAGAGGUGGACCUCCUUCGUCAAGCUGCGGCUGGAGUGCUCGGUGGCCGAGCUGCAGCUGCCGUUCAGCAUCCUGCGCGACGUGUCCACCCUGCGUCCCGCGCACUCCGGCGGGCACGGGGACGCCAGCGACGGCGACACGCGCUUCUACGCCCUGCUCUCCUCGCAGUGGGGAGCCCUCCCGUACUCGGCCGUCUGCGAGUACACGCUGAGCGAUGUGGAGGAGGCCUUCGCUCGGCCGCCUAAAAGAUCGUUCACCAUCGGGCCGGCAGGCUCCACCAGAACCGUCGCUCUGAGCCCCGGCACGUGCAUCACUCCCAAACUGAGGGCUCUCGGUAUCGAGUCGUCCCAGGACCUCCCGGACGACUACCUGGCGUGGAUGCAGGACCACCCGAGGCUGCAGGAGACGCUGCGGCCUCGCGAAGGCCUCCCGCUGCUGCUGAGCCGCAGCCACGCGUACACGAGGGUGGCGACCGCCACGGCAACCGCGCUGGACAACCGCACGCACCUGGUGCUCUACCUGGGCACCAGAAACGGGUCGUUACACAAGGCGGUGCGUGUGGACGGGAAGACUCACAUCGUCUCACAGACCCAGCUCUUCGCUCACAACGAAUCCAUCCUCAGCAUCGUCGUGUCAGCCAGCACGGGCAUGCUGUACGUGGCGGCCUCCUCAGGCGUGGCCCAGCUGUCUCUGCACGGCUGUGCCAUGCACGGGGGCUGUGAGCGCUGCCUCCUGGCCCGAGACCCCUUCUGCGCCUGGGACACAUCGCGAUCCCUCUGCACGGCCGUGCGAGCAGGGGACUCCACACGAGAGCUGCUUCAGAAUCUCACGAUGAUGGAAAGCGACGUCGGUCUCAAGUGUGGCAGGAGAGGAGUGCCGAAGACCGGCCGGAGCAUGGUGGCCGCAGGCGGAAGCGGCGAUGUCGCGAACGCCGCCGACGUAGACGGCGGCCGCCGGCGGCCGCUGUCGGAGCGGCCCGCGCCGGGCGCGCUUCUCGUCGCGCUGGGCGCGCUGGUGGCAGCGUCGCUGUGCGUGCCGGCGCUGACCGCGUGCUGGUGCUGCCUGCGCCCGGGCGGCAUGGCGCGCCGCCUGGGCAAGGGCGUGAGCCACGAGCCGCUGGACCAGCAGCCGCGCGGCAAGGGCGCGGCGACCAACGGCCACGCCGGCGUCAUCGCCGCCGCCGCCGCCGCCGCCGCCGGUGGCGACUCCUCCUCGUCCUGCUACGACCGCGACGCGAACGGCGCCACCGUCGCGGAGAGCUCCAACGGCGUGACGCGAGUCGCUCCGCUGGCGGGGGAGGAGGAGCUCCUCUAGACAUCGGCGUCGCUCUGGCGCAGAUUUUGAGGUUUUUUUUAAAUUUAGAUCUCCGAAGGGUUUUUUUUUUCUUUCAAAAUUCCCCCCCUCUUAGGAGCGUUGCAGACCUUCUUCGCGGACGGGUGACAACGCCAGUGAAUUGCACCGCCGAGCCCGUCGCAGCGUUGAAGGUAAAAGUGCGGCCCUGCGAUUUGAUGUCUCACGUCGCCCCCCCCGUCCACCCCCCCCAUCCCCCCGACUGGUGGAAGUGCCUCCUCACACUCUUUGAGAAAGCUCUGAGAAGGCGCCUCCAGAGGCCCCUUCGCCUGCUCUUCCACACUGGCCCAACGUCUCGUGUAGGAGGGGGCGGGAGUAGACACACUUCACCCCACCGCACGCGGCCUGCCGGGCGACUCACUGCCGCGUGCCCAUUCAGACCGCCGAGUGGACAGAGACGGUGGCGGAGAGCGGGCAGGGAGGAGGGGUCGGGUUCAUGAAGUUGCCUCGUUGUUUCAACUGGCGCGCCGUGAGAUGGAGCCGAACUGGGGACCUGUGGAUGCCGAGUGCGGUGACCUGAGCGUGACACCGAAGCAGCAGCAGCAGCAGCAGCAGUAGCGCAGCAUGGAAGGGUCUGCACGACAUUGGACUGCGGCUCGAGGCACCGCGAAUGGAGGGAAGAUGUGUGGAUUAUAACAACUUGGGAGGAAAGUGCUCAGGGAAAGUGUUAGAUUUGUUUUUCACCACCAAUCAGCCGGUGUGGUUGACCCGAUGCCUUCACUUUCAAGAAAAUUAUUCGGGUAUCCUGAAAAUGUGCGUGCGCAUCACUGUGCCCCCCCCAAAACCCAAUGACUUGAACAUCCGUCGAGGACGGAUAACGAAGGGGAUCCCCCACGUGACAUCGACGACGAUGACGACGAGGAUUUUCAUCACAAGUUCCAACAUGAUCCGUCCCUCUUAGCGCACCGCACGAUGCUCCCCUGCCCUCCACAUGCCGGCAUCGAUGCCGGCCACUUUGCGAUCCAUCGCCAAGUCCAAAUCUAUCGGACACGCGUUCUGUACCAGCAGGCAGCACAUUCCGCACCAGGGCCCCGCGUCCUGCAGCGCUUCCUACUGCCCCGACAUCAAGUCAAAACUUAAGAACUUCGCUUGUCACCGAUGUCGGUGCAUCUUCAAGGCUACGUUGCUCGCCGAACCUGCAGCGCGGCGCAGACGAGCAAGCACCCCUUGGCGAGCCCCGUGCGGGAAGGCACCGGCGUCUGGUCGCCGUGCAGCUGACGGUUCCUUGAGCUGGGCCGCAUGGGCGUUGGGGACAUGGGCUCCGUGUACGGAAGCCUCCCGUGGCACCAGAUCGAGUGGUGCGCGCGUCUUGAGAGUCGUGCAGCAGCAGCCGCCGCCCCUCCCUUCGGCCUGGUGGCUCCUGCUGCGGCACCCUUUGGUCUGUCCGGAGCUGUCUCCAUUUCUCUCCUGCCAUCUCCUUCUGGACGCUGCUUGCUUACUGCCUUUUUCUACAGCUGUCACCUGCUGUCACACGCUGUCCACUCUUAUCUGCUGCGCCCUGCUUUUCCCGCCAUAUCCUUUUGCCAUUUGCUGUUCCGUCCUCGUCCUGCUGCACCCCUGCCAUCCCGUCAUUGGCUGCGUGGCUGUACCAUGCUGCACCCUGCCAUCCCUUGCUGUCUCCAACUCUCUCUUGCUGUCCUUCUCUAUAACCUGCACUAAUCCCUGCAGUCCCUGGCUCCCUGGUGCUGCACUGAUGUUCGUCCCUUGCUGUUCCCUCUUGGGCCCCAUGUAAACAGGGUAUUCCUGGCCACCCAGUACGUCGCUGUAUCAUCUGUCAUCGAUGCUUUUGUCUGAUAUUCUUGAGCCGGGGUGUAUGUUUGCGCCACUUGGCGGGGGGUGGGGUAUUUAUCUCGCGACAUGUCACGUAAUGUAUUUCGUUGUUCGUCUCAUUGUAUUUAUUUAUAAUUCCUUCCAAGUGUUUGAUUUCGGUGCCUUAGUUUGGGCUUCCCCCCACUAUCUCCGAGCCCCAUUUUUGGGACCACCUCUCCGCACAUUCGCCGCCGGUCGGCGGGGGUCGCCGUUGCGAAGUGACCGCCCGGCGGUCGAAGCUGAUCGCCGGCCCUCCCCGCGCCUCCGCCACGCGUCCCCCGGACACCGCGCGGCGAGAGACCAAACAAAAACACUUUGGGUAGCGGCGAAGUCGCCGAAUGAUUCGGUCGCGGCCGGCGGCGCGCCACCGCACACUCGCGACCUCGCAGACGUCUGCGAGCGCUCACGCGGGCCUGCGGAGUAUUUAUUGUGAACCUCGAAUGUGAACGAUGCUGCCACCCGUAACCGCGACGCUCCCGCGUAGGUUUUCUCGCUCGCUCCCGACGAGCUUCUCCGGCGCGUGGCGACGUUUUGCCGCGCGCGCCAGGAGCACCUUCAGGAGAGAUUCAGUUCGGGAUUUAAUUCCCGAGGAAGCUCCCGGCACGCGGAGCGAUACGCCGGGCUUUAGGCCGAAGCGUACGGGCGGUUACGAGCCGAACAACACAUCGGAGAGCUCCGCAGCCGCUGCGUGACAGAAGCCUCCCAAUCGUCUCUGCACGAGUUGCAGAUCCGCGCCGGCGAUGUGCAGAUGCUGCCGCCUCGAGCCCUUCGCCGUGGCUUUCCCCGACGUUUAGAAACGCGACCGCCGGGCGUCCUCCUCCAUCGCGCGGGGGAGGAAUCGGCUGGGCGGCUGAGUCACUCGCAGAGAUUCACCUCGCGCCGGUGUCCUUUCGCUUAACCCGGGAGGCGAUCGCACGCCUUGGCGGGGUCAGGGGUCAAGGCAGCCCACAGGCGCGCUCUUGGCUAAGCGCCGGAGCGUCGUUCCGCACCAAGCCGGCGACGUUUCGCUCCGCCGGCUUUGUUGACGAGCCCCAAAAUUCUUCUUUGUCUCUUGCAACUGAGCUCCGUGAGAGAAAUAGUUGCGAGGCGUCAUUUGAAAUGGGUUUUCGACUCGACUGGCUACACAAUUCCAACGACGUCACGGCACCGCUAAUGAAUUAUAUCUCUGUGACAGCGGGCAGUGCAGUUUAGUCAUAAUAACACUUCCCACACAGAUAAUUCUGGGGGGGGGAGGGGGGGGAUUUUAAAGCUCUGACGUCACGCCUGGCCUUGGGGGAGUGGGCACAAUCAUCAAGGCCAACUCGGUCACACGGAUGAGAGGAGGCGCCAGAUAUUUGUGAACAUGGGGAAACUUCGUAUCUGUUUACACAACUUUUACACACGCGUCAUACGGCAUGUGAAUAUAAUGAGCUACACACGAGUCGCUGAUGCACAGCACGUCGGAAGUCGCGGCACACUAUUAUGAAUCGCGAGUUAUGUUUUUGGGGCUGCGGCCACGUAAUCAGCCCAAUUAUUUGUGGUGUAACCUUCAAGCGCUGGACACAGUCAAAACAAAUGAAAAAAUGUCGCGCUGCGUACAAAGCGUCUGAACCACCGGAGCUCUCACUGCCGAAUGUAGCAGCGAUGAAAUGUGCGACGUUUAGCCUGGAACUGCGUCAAGCCAUCCUCGGGUCAGAUCCCAGCGAGUGAGAGUCACUGCGCCACCUGUCCUGGCUUCUUAAUUAACUGUUCAUGACCUCACGGGAAUAACCCCGAUUUCAACUGGAUAUUAACCAUUACAAAUGAAUUUAAUCUAAUUUCAUCAUAAUUUACCCAGACUGACGAUUAACAUUAUACGCGUUGCUCAUUGUAACCACUCGCGAAUAUACUGUACUCGUAAGCCUGUGGCAGAGGUUAGCAAUAUUGGUCGGAGUCAAUUUGUGAAGGAGGCGAGCAUACACGCGGGAGCACACACAUUAGAGUGCAACCAGGGAUUUGGCGGCGUCGCCCCCUUGCUGUUCACCACGCCACCUCGCCCGUUGUUUGCGCACGGCGGUCACCCCCCCCCCCCCCCCGCACGAGCACUGCCCAGCCUCGAGCCCUGCUCAGCUUCCGAGAUCCGAUGGGGCCGCGCCGCAUUCCCGGGCGAUUGGGUCACCCGGUAGGGGUCGGCACUCUGUGGCUAGGGAGCCGCGUGCGUCUCCUUGCGGACCGCUUCGUGACGCCGUGCGACGAACGCGACGAACGCGCGCGCGCAUCGCGGCUCUUGGGAUAUUGAGUGGUGCAUCGAAUUCGAAGGAAAAAAAAGAUGUCUCUGCUUGUUAUGUUGGUUGUCGAGCCCCACCGGUCUUAGGUCACAUGGGGACCCGAGUUUGAGGUGGGGGGGGGAAGAAUUUCACGCCUGAACAGGGGUGCAAAAUGGUACGAAAAGUCGGGAAUUGGCAUCGGCUUCGCGUGUCCGUCUGUUGUGUUGGGCCACGUUUCACGGUUGGCCACGUACGGUGCGAAAGAAGUUCACCAUACAUACAACAUACAUACAUACAUGCAACGUACACAACACGUUCAUUGGUUGCAUUUCCUGGCCUGUGCACCGAGCUCGCAAGAUGUCGGUGCGGAGUGACCCCCACUCGUCAAAUUCCACUGCAUGAUAAAGAAAUGAAAACGUGUCACCGUGUCUCUGCAUGCUUGCCCACCGUGUGUAACGCAAGUCAGGCCGCAUCCCCCGAUGUCAUGCCGCUCAUUCGAUGAUGUACAGACUCGAUGGGCGUUGUGUUGGUCGACCGCAAGCUACACGGACGUUUGCGGUGCACUAUUUAGUCUGCCCACUCCGACUGCAGAGGACAUCGUGAAAGCCGGACUUGUUUUUCGUAUAUAUAUAAAAAACGUUAUCGUUCAGCGUCAUGGAUAAAUUUGCUGCCUUUUUGUUCUCAAAUCAAACGGCCGCGAGCACCACGGAAGGAGAAGCCCGUUACGCGCGAGCGCUCGCUCGUGGGUGCGUAUCGCAGUGUCCUCGUGGCUCAGACACGGAAUGGAAGUGGGGUUGGUGUGGUUUUUGUGUGCGGUUGUGCCGGUGGUGGUGGUGGUGGUGUUGCCGGUUGUGCGCUGUCGUAUGUGGUUGUGAAAGUAGGUCCCCUGGUUAUUGUUGCUGUUGUUCAUCUGCAUUAAACAUUCACGACGUUUGGA